AUGCCCAAGACCGCUCCACAAGAGGGUGUUUUGUUGCAAUGGCCGGCUUCCUGCGCGAAGGGGUUGAAAGCCUUACCGAAAGCCGGGCAAGAGGUUUGCCAACGAUGUAGUGGAAUGGCACUUCCCAAGGCCAGAGCAACAGUUCUACGUGCCCAACUGGAAGUGGAGGAUGAUGUUGAGAAAUUGAACGUUUGGGUUUGCCUUCUCCGAGGACAUUUUGUGAAUAUGUCUUCUGAAGUUCUCUUCGAUGAGGAAGAUGAACUGCCAGCGAGCGACAUGAGCGUGAUAGCUCGAAAUUCCAUCAGCUACAAAGAAUUGUUGUCAUCCGAAGCAUGUUUGCCUGUGUGGUACUGCACUCAUUGGUGGGGAGAGCCACUUCAUUCUUUUAUAUUAUGCUGUCAGGAACAUGCAAUCUUGCGACGCCUUGGAAGCUCUGCUUCGUACUGGGUCUGCGGUUAUGCAAAUCGCCAGCAUGAACUAGACUUGGAAAUCGCUGAGGAUGUCAUUCAAACGUCCUUUUUUGCAGCCUUGCGUGCGUCCAGGGGUUUGUUGCUGAUUCUGGACGAGAAUGCAACUCCUUUCUCGCGAAUUUGGUGUGACUAUGAGCUCUAUUCUGCUGUGAUGAAUCCUAGUAUGGAGCUUGAUAUUGCAGCAACAAUCCAGGGAGAACAGCAGGAAGAAGCCAGGAUCUUAAGCAAGAAUGUGAUUCCUGGUGAGUCCGCGGUGGCCAAAUCCGCGCGGGAACAAGAUUUUCCAAUUUUUCUGCUCGAUCGUGGGCUUCAAGUCUGCCUGGAGAAAGGCUCCGCAACUCGCGAGAGUGACAAGAUCAGCAUCCUACAAUCCAUCGCUCAAAGCCGUGAGUUGUUGUCAGAUGAAGGGAAAGAGCGUCUUGAGAAGAAUUUGCUUCGGGCGAAUCAAACUCUUCAUUCGACCUUAGCAGUGCUGGCUUGGCCCCAAGCAAUGCACAAGAAUCUUUUGCCCAAGCAUUCAAAAGGCCUUCACUCUGGCAUGCUCAACGUUUGUGAUGCCUUAGUGAAUGACAGCUUCCGGCAAUCCUUGGAUUUGAGUUUGGCUCAUUUUGAGGAGACUUGUGUUGAUUCGGUGGUGAAGACCUUGGCCGAGUCCUUGCCCAGCAGUCUGGUGAAACUCAAGCUCAGCUUUGAGGACUGUGUACGUUUGACGGAUCUCUCCUUACAAGCAUUGACCUCACGUUUUCAGCAGCUGAAGUUACAGCAGCUUUACUUGGACUUUGUGGGCUGCAAGAACCUGACAGAUGCAGGUUUGAUUCUUUUGGCCAAGGUGCUUCAUAGCUCGAGCAUCUUUGAGUUGGAAUUACACUUCGCAGGCUGUGUGCGACUGCACAGUACAGGCAUCCUCGCUUUGCAAGAGAAGCUCCCCACUUCUCUCCGCAGCUUUAAGGCCAGCUUCAAAGGAACAUCAAUCAAUCGAAACUUUCGAGAUCUCAUCGAUUUCAAGGAGUACAAAGCUGGCGCAGGGUCAGCGUGGCCGGUUGGCUUGCAGCCCAGCGAUAUGUCCGCCAUCACAGCACCAAAUCCGUGGGUGGGCGCUCUGGUGGUGGCUGAUGGCAAAGUCGUGGGAGAAGGCUUCCACAAGGGUCCGGGCUCUCCGCAUGCUGAAGUGGAAGCUUUCAAAGAUGCUGAGGCAAAAGGCUUCAGUGACUUCAGUGACGCCACGAUCUACACCACCUUGGAGCCCUGCCAUCGAGGUCCAGGGAAGCGGACCCCGCCGUGCGAUGAGCUGGUGGUGGCAAAGAAGGUGAAGCGUUGUGUCAUUGGCCACGUUGAUCCGGAUCCCAAGUUUGGUGGCCUUGGCGUGAGCUUUGUGCGAGAUGCUGGAAUCCAGGUGGAUGUGGGAGUUGCCGAGGAGAAGGUGCGCGACUCUUUCCGCAGCUACCUGCACCACCGCCAGACCGGCAGGCCCUACGUGGUUCUGAAGAUGGCCACAAGCUUGGAUGGGCGAGUGGCUUGCGAAGACAGGACUUCACAAUGGAUCACACAGGCAGACGCCCGGAAAGAUGCGCAUGUGUUGCGCGCAGAGUCUCAGGCGAUCAUGGUAGGCAGCGGUACGGCUUUACAAGACAAGCCAAGCCUUACAGUGCGACCAGACCCAGGGCUGAAGAGCCAGCCGCUGCGUGUCGUUUUGGAUAGCCGUGGCCGGGUGAAAGAGGGUCCCUUGAUGGACACAAAGAUGGCCCCGACUCUGGUCUUCACCAGUGAGAACUGCAGUGAAGAGGCCAAGAAGAGGUGGCAGGAGUGUGGUGUGGACUUUGUGGAGGUUCCAACCGCCUGUGGGCGUUUGGAUCUCCCCAGCAUCCUUGCGGAGCUUGGAAAGCGUGGAGUCUUACAACUGAUGGUUGAAGGAGGUGCUGUUCUGCAGGGGCAAAUGCUCAAAGAGGGCCUUGCCGAGGAGCUGCGAGUUUACAUUGGCGCGACCUUGUUAGGAUCUUCUGCCCAGCCAUGGGCUCAAGUGCCUUUGACGUCCACCAUCAAAGAGGCCCAGUUCUGGCGGCUCCGGGAUCUCCGCCGUGCAGGCAAUGACGUGUGCCUGGAGUACGAAAGAACUGAGAGCGCCGGACAAGACAAGAAAACAUGA